CUCCCCCCCCAGUACCCACCCACCCCCGUGCGUCCCGUCCCGUCCCGUCUAACUGCCGCUCCUAGGAAGGGCAUUUCCAGCCCCCCUCCGGGCCCCCCUCCCCCACCACAGGCAGUCAGCCGCACCCACCCCCACCCCUCGAGCUCCUCCUGCUCCUGCUCCUCCACCUCCUCCUCCCUCAGUCAGCCCGCUCCUGCCCUGCCUCUCUCUCUCUUUCCCCCUGCUGGGCCGCCGCUGCCGGUCUUGAACUUCCUCAUCUUCCCCUGCUAGGCUAGGCCCUCUGCCUCUCAAACCCCAACUUGAGUUGGCAGAUUUCCGCCCACCGCCCCCACGGCCUCCAUAGCUGGUGGAGCCCUUUUUUAUGCUGCUGAGAGGGAGCUGGUGAAGGGAAGACUGAUGAGGGAAUACAAGGUGGUGGUGUUAGGGAGCGGAGGGGUGGGUAAGUCUGCCCUGACGGUGCAGUUUGUCACGGGCACCUUCAUUGAGAAAUAUGACCCCACCAUUGAGGAUUUUUACCGCAAGGAGAUCGAAGUGGACUCUUCUCCCUCUGUACUGGAAAUCCUGGACACCGCAGGGACUGAGCAGUUUGCUUCCAUGAGAGAUCUCUACAUCAAAAACGGCCAAGGUUUCAUCCUAGUUUAUAGCCUGGUUAACCAGCAGUCUUUCCAGGAUAUCAAGCCAAUGAGGGACCAGAUUGUCAGGGUGAAGAGAUAUGAAAAAGUCCCACUCAUCCUAGUGGGGAAUAAAGUGGAUCUGGAAUCAGAAAGGGAGGUUUUGACUGCAGAAGGCAGAGCCUUGGCUCAGGAGUGGGGCUGCCCGUUCAUGGAGACAUCAGCCAAAAGCAAAACGAUGGUGGACGAACUGUUCGCAGAAAUCGUCAGGCAAAUGAACUAUGCAUCUCUGCCUGAGAAACAAGAUCAGUGUUGCACAACUUGCAUCAUCCAGUGAAGAAGCUAACCUCAUUCAUGGCCAUACAGAGCAGAUAAAACUCAGAGGGAAUUUGCACAGAUGCUGCUUUGGACAACUUGACAGCCUGGGUUGCAGAACUGAGCCUUGGUAAACCUGUCUCGAUAACAGCAUGUUGCCAUACACCUAAUUAAGUGCAUAAGGUCCACAGCCUUCAAGAUCCAUAGACCUUAACCAAGAAUGCUUAGCACGUUUACCAUAAGUUAAAAUAGAUUCUUUAUCAAUCAGUCUUUUUGUAGCUUUCUAAGUUCUUAUUAAUGGUUAAUAUGCAAGGGUUCAUUUUUAAUAUUUUAAUUGAUUUCUUUAAUCAAUUUCUGAACUUGUAUUUAUUAAAUACUUAAACUCAGUAUUACCUACUCAAUGCCUUUUAAAAGUUUUAAUGGAGAAUAAAUUGAGCCUUAAACAAGUGGUUACUUCUGUAUAUUACCUCGCUCCAGUGCUUCAGUCUAUUUGCGAAAAUAUUUGUUUCCUGAAAUGGUUGGUCGCUAUUUUGAGACUUUUAUGUUUACGUGUGACAGUGUUGUAAGAAACUAAAGAUCCCAUCUUACCUGUAUGGAUGUAAUAUCCCUUUUCUCAUCUGAUGCAGCCUGUAAUAGGAUGCCAUAAUUGAUAUGUUCAGAAAGUGGAACUUGCAAUUUGAAAUUGACUAUAAUAUUUAGUGGAAAGGGUUUUUCACAAUUUAAAAAAAAUGUCAUUUGCAACAUUGAGUUGCAGCUGAAGCAUUUUCCCUUCUGUGAAGUUCUAAAUUUAGUUAUGACCUACUUUUAACAAUGCCUUUGAAAAGGGAUAUUGUAUUCUAGGUAAAUUCAUUUCAUAUACCUGCAUUCAAAUAUCUCAGCUUUGCCUGGCAGGUUAGUAAUUUACAUCUAGUCAGUUUCUGCACAUGUAAAGUGAAUGCAAAUAAAAUGAUUUUACAUUUUAUAGUUAAUAUUUGUCUUUCUGAACAAUGUUUUAAAGCAAUAUUUGUUAACAUUUUCUUGCACUGUCACAAUUGCUUUUUUUUUCGUUAUUUCCCAGUAAACAGGUUAGCAACAGAGACAAAAAUCAGUGUAAGGUAAGGGGGGGAAGCACCCAUUUUUUUUCCAGUGCUCUGAAUUGCAAAUGCCCUCUGAACAGUCAUUGACUUCCCUGUUGUUUACCUGAUCAACACAUUUUGUCUGAAUACUUGAACAUUUUAACAGUAAUGCAGGUAUUAAAACAGAAAAAAAUGUAUAAAGAAUAAAUGAUGCUUUUUCUUCCGUUUUAACAUGUGUACAAGCGAGCUUUUUCUAGCAGUGGUUUAGAGUUUUGUAAGUUUUCCAAUAUUUUGCUUUAUCUUCAGUUUUAGUUUUGUGUGUGUGUGUGCGUGUGCGUGUGCGUGUGUGUUUUGCAGAAGUGAUGAACUGCAGCUCACCUACUGCACCAAAGUUGUAGAUCUUAGGGGCCCAGCUUUAGUCAUUUGAACAUGCUUCUAAUGAAAAGAAAACCAAAAGGACUCUUCUGACUUGUAAUAGCUAAAGACCUUUGGUCAAGAAAGCUCUAGCAUAUGCAGUGAUGGUUAUGGGAGGUGGGGCAAUUUAGCAUUUCCAUUGUGUGCGAUAUUCAAGUAUCACCAGGGCCUACUACAAUGCCAUCCAUGGUCUUUGGGACGGAUUUUUCUCAAACAAAAAUUCUGAUUGAACUGUUUGAUUCUCCAUGGUAGUGGACUUGGUUCCCCAGGACAUUCUCUAAAGUUAAACCUCCUACUCUUAGAUAUGUAAUUGUAUGGUGAGAAUGGAGGGCUAGGGAUGAUUGGAAUACUUUUCCCUAUUUAUAAACUGCUUGAAACCUGAUCAUUUCGGUUUGCACUUUAAUACCACACUUAAAACCAAACACUGUAUUCAAAGUAGGUUAGGUGGUGGUGGUUAAUCUUGAUUAGCUGUACUAAAUUAUAGGAGAUUCAAAUAAUUCAUGAAGAUUUUAGUUUCCUGAAAAUUGUGGGUUAUUUCCUUUGGGUAGUUUUCUCUCUCCCUCUCUCGUCUUCCCUUUCCCUACUUCUCCCUCUGCCCUUCUUGUCCUUCCUCUUUCCUUUCUUUUUUCUUCCUCUCAUCCCUUCUUUCCUAGCCUUCCAUUUGUUCUUCAUCCCUCUCUUACUCCUCCCUCUUUCUCUCAAAAAAAUUAAAGGAACAUUUUCUACAGAUGUGUGUGUGUAUGUGUGUGUGUACACAUGCACAGUAUUCAUUAUCAUUGACCUCAGCAGCAAAUUUGACUUGAAUUACCUUAGGAUGACAGGAAUAGGGGAAAUAGGAGGUAAAAAAUGGUUUCUCCAGCACAGUUUUUAAAAAAGGGACCAAAAGUUAUUUUAGGCUUUCUCUAUAGAUUGCAUGUAAAGUUGCUUAUUAGCUUAAGAAACUGCUAUUAAAUGCAAUAUAGGUAUUGUCUUUGCCAGAUGUUCAGAUCAUUGCAGGGGGGGCUCUGAAACCAACAGAACCUAGCAUUGUGUAUCUCAUGUACUGUAGCUUUAUCAGUGAACAGUGAAAUCUGGAAUACCAAGUGCAAAAUUUGAACAAUGACAUAUAAAGAUUUGUAAAAUAAAGUUUUUCCAAUAGACUUCAUUCUCGUCAUUUUGUAAAAAAACAAAACAACAAAAAACACAAAAAUACAACCUUACAGUCCACCUGUUUGUAACUUUUUUAAAAUAAAAUAGACAUCUGUAUUACUUGA